AUGGAUAGUGAUGAAGAAGUGCAAUUUCAAUCACCUCGUAAAUUGUACAAACGUGCAAAGAAAUGCUCCGAGCUGGACGAUUUCGAUGCUGAUGUAGUCCGACGGAUCGUACACAAAUUUUAUGAAAGAAAUGAAUAUCCGACUGCUUUUUCAAUUUUAAGCGAAAUUAAAAAAAAAUUACCACAUUAUGAAGGAUGCGUCCGGUCGGUCAGAAAUUUGUUAAAAAAUUUAAAAUUUACGUUUAAGAAAUGCAAUAAUGGCCGCAAAAUGCUUGUGGAGCGAAACGAUAUAGCCGCUUUAUUAUGUAAAUUUUUACGUACAAUGUGUACACUCAGACAGAAUGAAGAUACUCGACCUGUGGUUUACCUAGAUGAAACCUGGGUAAACCAAAAUCAUUCAAGGUCUCAUAUUUGGCAGAAUAAUGAAGAAACUAAGGGAUUUAAAAUACCAACCGGCAAAGGAGGUUGCCUAAUAAUUACUCACGCUGGAUCAUCGCGUUUCGGGUUCAUUGAGGGAUCGAAAUUUGUUUUUAAAUGCCGAGCUAGAAAUUCUACUGACUACCAUUCGUCUAUGAAUUCAGAUGUGUUUAAACAAUGGUUUGUAGAUAUGCUAAAACUACUUCCUGAACCAUGCGUAAUCGUUAUGGAUAAUGCACCAUAUCAUUCUAUGUUGGUAAACAAUUAUCCAAAAUGUAAUGCUCGAAAAGCUGAGGUGCAGGAAUGGCUGAAAAAUCAAAAUAUUAAUUUUUUACCUUUGGAAACUUUAGCCGAACUACGCGAACGUGUGAAUUUGUUAAAACCGACAUUUAAAAAGUACGAGCUAGAUGAAAUAGCAAGUUCAAUGGGCCAUGAAGUAGUACGACUGCCACCAUACCAUUGUCAGUAUAACCCCAUUGAACUUAUAUGGGCUCAAGUAAAAGGCGAAGUGGCAAAAAAAAAUUCAACGUUUAAAAUGGUCGACGUCGAAAGACUCACUCACGAGGCAUUGGAUUUGGUAUCCAAGAGUGACUGGGAAAAAUGCGUCAAACAUGCUGAGACAAUCCAGGAUGAAGAUUAUCAGAAGGAGAUACUAAUAGACAGUGUAUUAGAGCCGGUCAUUAUAACUUUUCAAACUGACGACAGUGAUUUUGGCAAUGACGAGGACAGUGCAGAUGACGUUCAAACACUUAUUUAA